AUGUCCCCACCCACUAUACCCUGCUGCCAGAGUUUCUUCCACCUACCCUUCAACGUCGGACUCAACCGCAUCCUUACCCCUUCAGCUCUCCUUCAUGGAUUGGGCAGGUUCAUCGCUGACUCCCUUCAGAUGCGCUUGUACUCACAGUCUACUGGCCCUAUCAUAGUGGCGUCGAGCGAGCCAGGCCACCUUGCGAAUGGCUCUUUCCCAUCUGCUGACCUGCUGCAGGACCACGCACCCACAUUAUCAUUAAACACCGAUCUUGCUGUCUCUUCUAUAGAGAUCGACGUGGAACAGGGCUUGUCACUGGCGCAGCGGAGGAGCCGACGCACUGACAUCCCAUUGCCACUCCGCUAUAGGCAAUACGAGGAUGUGCUUCUGCAAGCCCCCCCAAGCCUUCCCUCCGGCUAUACUGCUGUAGCACCAGAGCUUGACCAACCAGCCAGUUCAGCAGACACAUCUACCAGUGCUUGCUCAUCUUCGCAGGCCCCCCCUUUUCAUACUGCUAGAAGUGUAUUUGGGUUGAUAUGCCAGUUCUUUUCAUCAACCCCCCCUUCUCACGACCCAGAGGAAGCAGUAACACUCCAAGAUAUAAGUCACGUCCCGGCUAUAGCCCCAACUGAGCUAGAUGCCCUCGCAGAGCCUGACGAUGUUUCAUUUUUCCCCUACCCCAAUCGAUCAUCCUUCGAGCUGGGUCAUUGGUACUGGCAUGGAGGCACGCAGAAGUCCCAGCAGAGUUUCAAGGACCUUAUUGAUAUUGUCGGCGAUCCAGAUUUAAAUCCUGACGAUGUCCGGAGUACACCAUGGGGCAGAAUAGACUCACAGCUAGGUGCAAGUGUUUACGAUGGCGAGGGGGAGGAAUGGGAGGAUGAGGAUCUCAGCCAGGCCCUCAACCUUACAUCGCAGCUGAACUUUACCAUCGGUCGCUCACCUCCGUCAUUCGAGAAAAGCUUGCAAAUGCUCAGGAUGAUGAGCAUUUUCAUUAUGAACCUUACCAAUUGUGAUGGAACGCUCCCCAUCUUCCCCGCGAGGUCAACAUUCAAGGCGAGCUUUACACCUCACCAGCCUUUAUGGAUGCCCACCGUGAUCUCCUUGAGUCUCCUGGAGAGCCAGGAUGCCACGCAACUGACAGCAUUCGGUAACGCGAAGCUGUGGCCACUUCAUAUGUACAUUGGAAACAAAUCUAAGUACCGCCGCUGUAGGCCAUCCUGCAAUUUGGGGAACCAUGUCGCAUAUUUUCAAAAGCUUCCGGACACAUUCAAGGAUUUUGUGGGAACUUACACCAACGGCAAAGGGAUUGGCCAUGAAUGCACAACGCAUUGCCAACGUGAACUGUUUCAAGCUCAGUGGAAUAUCUUGCUCGACGAAGAGUUUUUAGAAGUGUAUGAACAUGGAAUGGUCAUUCUCUGCUGUGACGGAAUCAAACACAGGUUUUUCCCGCGAGUCUUUACCUACUCUGCGGAUUACCCUGAAAAGGUCCUUGUUGCAACCAUUCGGCAGCUGGGAGGCUCCGUGAUCGGCAACAACGUUCAACCCUGGCGCUGGUCCAACGUCUCGAGGGAUCAGCCCGUUGCUACUGCACGCAAACUUAUCUAUGAGAAAAAUUAUGGUGUUGACAGUACGGCCGUCGAGGCGCUUCUCAAACCUGAUUCCUGGGUGCCGAAUUUAAAUGUGCUGUCCGACAAACUUAGUGCAUUCGGAUUCAACGUAUUUGCAGCGCUUGUCGUCGAUCUCCUUCAUGAGUUUGAGCUGGGGAUAUGGUGCAUGCUCCUGAUUCAUUUACUGAGAAUUCUGACUGCAUUGAACAAGGACUUAGUACAUGAGCUUGACAAGAGGUACAGGCAGGUCCCUCCAUUUGGUCCUGCAACUAUUAGGCGGUUCUCCACCAACACCUCCGAAAUGUCGAACAUGGCGGCACACAACUUUGAGGAUCUUUUACAGUGUUCUAUUCCUGUCUUCGAAGGCCUCCUCCCUGACGCUCACAACAUAAUUCUGCUCGAUCUUCUUUUCAUUAUGGUGCAUUGGCAUGGCCUCGCCAAACUGCGCAUGCAUUCCGACCUCACCUUAGAGAUUCUCGACAAGCAAACCACCCACCUUGAGCUCGACCGUGAGGUCGAUGCGAGGUCUCGUCGGCAGACAAAGGAUGCUAUCAGACGCACGGAGGGCAGCGUGCCAAAUGGUGUUGGGCAAAGAAUAGCGGCUCAAAAGAGGGUAGGGGAUAAUGCCAAAGGGAAACAGAAGGCAAAUUUUGAGCAGUCGCAGGAUCCAUGUUUACCAAGGCCAUCGAGGAUGAAGAAGUCGCUUAAUCUGAAGACGUACAGAUUCCAUGCGUUAGGCGAUUAUGUCGCUUCCAUUUGUCGCUUUGGCACAACAGACUCGUAUAGUACAGAACCAGACUUCAUACCACGUUUGAUGGAUCAUAUCCUGGGCCGCAUAGGGACUCUUGGAUCUUCAGUGGAGAACUCUACCCAUCCCGACAAGGGACAACUUUUCUUCAAACGCAACAGAAUCUACCACCACAACCUCGUCAGAUUUAAUUAUACGACGUACGACGUUCGAAGGGCUCAAGACGUGAUAAAUCCUCGGACCCCCCAUUGCAACAUCAUGCUGCUCCAGCACGGUGACGAAUCCAAUGUCAAAUAUUGUUAUGCGAGAGUGCUCGGUAUCCAUCAUAUCAAUGCUGUGCGCUCAGAUAACGUAUAUGAGUCCUGCCGAAUAGAUUUUCUUUUUGUUCGGUGGUAUGAACUGAUACAACACCAUUCAUGGGAAACACAUACUUUGGAACGAGUUCGCUUCCUGCCGUUGACAAACCCAACCGCUUUCGGCUUCGUGGAUCCAGGAGCAGUUCUGAGAGCCUGCCAUAUAAUCCCUGCUUUUGCUCGAGGCCGGCGUAAUCUUAAUGGGGGGAUUUCUUCCCUUUCGGGAGAUAAAGAUGACUGGCUAGAAUACUACAUCAACAGUUUCGCAGAUCGUGACACACUAAUGAGGUUCCAUUAUGGCCUCGGGGAAUCAGUCACUCAGACAGCCACCUGUCUGAAUGACGACGAUUUUGAAGGCGGAGAAAACUUCAUGGAGAUAGGCCACCCAAGCGAUGACGAACAGGAUGAAAACAACGAAGAGAGUCAUAUUGGGGUUGAAGAAUGGGACUUCUUUGAACAAGGACAGGACGCAAGCACGGGGUCCCUCGCAGAGGCACUAGUAGAUGAUAUGUUCAUGAGGCAUGCUUUCGAUUAUGAAAAUUGA